AAAAAAAUUAGAAAUAUGUCUACCAGCCGACUGAUUGCCUCAACCUGUUCAUCGACUCCAUCCUCCUGUCAGCAUGAUGUCGAAAGAGCUUCACCACCACCACCACAACAGCAGCAGCAACACAAACAACCGCAACACACCAUAAAUACUCAACAAUCAGACCAACGCGUAAAAUCAGACAGGCAGGUUAAAAAAUCGCACAGAAAUAUUUCCAGAAAAAAAAUCACCAUAGACACCGAAAAGGUUUUUGAUCAUUUUUUGCAUUCCGUUCAACAUCCGUCGCUGUUGCGAGUUAAAGGAGGAAGAUGUUGUCUCAGUAGCAGAGAUGCCAUCGAAGAUGAAGAACUCUACGUUGAAUUCACUGGCGCCAGGUGCGCCAACAAUUACGAUGACGAUGAUUCCAGCGAUGUCUACCAAAACUUCAAACCUUUGUGCCAGUUUGCCGGAAGACAAGAACAAUCCCAUCAACAGAAGGAUGAAAUCGAUUCAGUAGAGAAAACUAACAGAUUGAAGCACCACGAUUAUUACGAUAUCGACUAUCAUUCCAGUCAAGAUGGCAAAUGUAUGGAAAAGCGACAUUCUUCCAACGAUUUUAACAAUUUUUCCAUAUACGAAUCAGACUCACUUCUUCAAGUAUCAAGCAACUUAAAAUUUCCAUCAAAAUCAGGUAUACAGUGUAAGAAGGCAAACAACGAGUACAUCUCAAGACUUGAGAUGAAGAAAUUAUCUCCCCCGAGCCCACCGCUGGCCCUCGCUGAAGACGUUUCCGACGUCUCAUCAUCCAGCACUGAAGAUUACGAAUUCCCUGACACUGAAUUAAUCAACAGGAAGAAAAAAAGCUCUCUGAGAUUAGCUUUUGAACGUGUUCAGCAAAGUUUUAAAAGAUCAGUUAAUAAGAAAUCAAUUCCUCCUACCAACGCUGCUGCUAAUAUUCAGCCUAACACAGGACAGUUGAAUGAUAAAGAGUUAAACUCCUCUUCACAGAAAUUAAAAGAUCAAAAUAAAAAACUCACCAGGCAGGCUGAUUUGGGAAAAAGAAGCCGAUCGAGUUCAAAAUCAGAAUUAAGAAAACUAAAUGUGACUGAACCGCCUGAACCGUCAAAAUUAACGGACAAAAUUAAAUUCAAUAAAAAUUUCUUUGACGCCAUACUCAAGCAGAUCCGAGUGGGAAGGUCAAAAUCGCAGAAAAAGCAAAAAAACCGUUUUAGGUCUGCCGAUAACCUACCGACAAUAAUCAGGCCACUGAAGAAUGAAGACAAUGAACUACUCAAAAAAUACUUUUUACCGACCACCUUCCAUGACGUUAAAAAGAAGGGGUCCAGCAGGGGGCCCAGUGUCUCCUUGGAAAGAACUUGCAAACGACGACCCGCCAUGCCACUGCCCUUCGAUGAAGUAGACGGUCUCAGGACUCUGGACACUGUUGAGAGUCGCAACAGCAACAAACCCGUUGAAGAAAAAUCAAUCUCAUCAUCGUCAUCAAACAACGUGCCAUUUCAUCACAAAUCUGAAAAAGAGAAGGAUGAAAUCUUCAUGAAGAUAGCCGACCAGCUAGCUGCCAUCGCUGACAACAUUCAAUGCAUUGGUGAACUCAACCAAAUCGUUGAAGCACCUCGUACGUUGAACACUUACGAUCCAAGUCAUGUUUCCGUUUCAUCAAAGGCCUGUGCAAAUAGUGCUAACGAAGUAACAGAAAAACUGCUCAACAACACUUCCUCCUACAACGAAUUUGAGCAAAUUGUCUCGGCAAACCUAAACGAAAACAACUGCGGCUGGAACCAGAUAGCUCACGUGUUCAUGCUGACGAGAUCCGUCAUUAACUUGGCGGGCAUCGGGUCAACAGUUGCUGGGAGCAUCAAGGGUUACACCAUGAAGUACAUCGAGGAAAAGUAUUCCGGAUGGAUUGCGGAUCGUGGCGGAUGGGAAUCAGUUGUAGAGGAUGGAGAUGAACAAUCCCCUGAAAUCACUUCUGAGCUCGACUGAUGGCAAAUCUAUGUGUUGUUGUAUGUAUGUGUGUGUUGGCUUGUCUGUACCUAAGUAGUGUAUGUGUGUAUGUGUAUUUGUAUGUGUGCUAUUUUGUUUGUUCGUAUAUGCAUGUGUGUAUAUGUAUGGUAUAUGUGUAUAUAUGUAUCUUUGUAUUUACUGUUGAGUAUCGUAAAAUGUAUUUACCGUCAGUUGAAACAUUUUUUUCAUAUGCUUGUAUUAAUUACAUUACCAAAUUUUAAAUCGGUUCAGUGUUUUUAUAUUGAAAAAUUGACAAAUUUGUAUUCGCUAAUGUUAGGCCUAAUAUUACACACACACACACACACACACACACACACACACACACACACACACACACACACACACACACAUAUAUAUAUAUACAGAAUAGUAAUGUAAAUAACAUAAUAUAUGUUUGUAUUUUUAUUAGUAUUUAUCUAUAACAAUGAUUGUAUUAUGUUAAAUGUUCACCGAUUCUUAUGUUUUGUUUAACAAUGUGACUUGAUUCCAUGCUAAUAAAUUUUUGAAAUUUUGCUUAAUAAAAAUUCCAUUAUUGUCGUAAAAAUGUACGUUAAAUUAAGUCGUUAACAGUUUUUAAGUUAAUUUUAUGUAAUGUUGAAAUACAUUUAAUUAGAUGUUAUAGGAUUGAAAUGUUGUCUAAAUGUCAAUAAAUUCGUUCACUAACUAAAUAUUUUUUGUUUCAGCUAACGUUCAAAAAUAUCUCAACUAAUAAAUUGAAAUUAGAACAUUUUUUAAAAUUUUUCGAAAUGAUUCUAAAAAAAUUUGUCAGCCAUGUCACAACAGCGAAAUUAUGGAGAAAAGAUUCAUUGAACCAUUUUUGAACCAAAUUUAAAGUUUUUUUAAUUAUUUUGAAAAAUUGCUUGGGUUCAUUUGACGUAGAAAAAAUUGAAAACCGUC